GGUAAGAGCUGGAGCUGGAGCACCGCCCACUGCCAAGUUUCAGUCGGACUCGUUUCUUUCUUUUCUUUUUUUUUUUCAGACCAGCUGUUGAGGCUGUCAAAACUCCAGCGCUCCUUCCGAAAUUACUACUCCCAGUUUGUCAGCGGUGAUACACACAUCAUCAGUAGCAGUAGCAGCAGCAGCAACCACAACAACAACAACAACAACUGAAAUCAUGCCGAACCGAUCAGCGGAGGAGUGGGUCCGGCUAUCGCUGCGCACUCCGGGCAUCUUCAUCUUCGGCUUGGUCAUGGCUCCCUGCGGCUGGGUGCUGAACCUGACCGCCACCGUGGCCCCCAAUUGGAGGACCCUGCAAAACAUCAACAACCAGCCACAAAGCUUUUUCAUCGAGCAAGGCAUCUGGGACAUCUGCAGCAGGACCACGUCCGCAGACAGAGCGACGUGCGGCCUGGAAGACCCCACAUACUUUGAUCAAGAGAUCAUUAGGGUGGCCCAGGGCUUGAUGGUGGCCUCGCUCAUCGUGACCCUGAUCGGGCUGGCCGUGGCCAUCCCGGGGGUCCGCUGCUGGAAGAGCAAUCCGAACUGGAUCGUCGCCGGUUUGGGCGGGCUGCUCAUCUUCCUCUCGGGCGUCAUGGUCAUCAUACCCAUCGCGUGGUACACACACAUCCUCAACCAAGUCCCGUCGGUGACCCUGCAGAACGACGCCAACGCAACCGUGCAGGUCGGCUACUGCAUCAUCCUGGGCUACAUCGGCGGGAUAUUCGAAAUCCUGGGCGGCUUCGUCAUGUUCAUCGGGAUCUGCCGCUGCUGCGGAGGCAAGAACCGGGGCGAGAGGCGGGUGGAGGAGAUCAGGAGCCGCUUCCAGCAACCCAAGCCGGCGCCGAGGCGCGUCGACGUGCCCAGCCUGGACCGGGCCAGGAGCGACGUCAGCAGCAGGGCCCCCUCUUCCAAAGACUCCGUGGAUGACGACGUCUCCUUCCCCCGGGCCAAGAGCCCGGCGGCCCGCUCAGGAAACACGUCCUUUAACGGCAGGCCGUACGAUGCAGACCUAUGAGAGAAGAAUCACCCGAAGAUACACGAGCCCACAGAAAAGAAAGGGAAGGAAGACAACUUGAAAGAAAUUGCAAAAGGGACCGAGAGACCAAGAAGAGUAUUGUAGGAAAAAAAAUUAGUCAUACACGAGUAUUUUGAGGCCUUAAAGGAUUGUGUCAGCGGUAAGAGAUCAAAUACCUUGAAUAUUAUUAGCUAAGUAGGAAAAAGUCCAGCCAACAGUUUGAUUCAUUGUCAUUGUAACGUAUCUAUUAGUUGUAAGCCCGGAGCAGCAGUUACUGUCACACAAGUAUAGAUGAUAUACAUCGUGAUGUGGGGAAAAUGGAAGGAGGUCGAUAUGAAGGACUCUAGGGAAUGAAGUCUUUUACAUUAACACUGAAUCGCGGAGGGAAGAACACAGCAUUCAGCCAUAAGCCUGAGGACAAGUGUAAAUGUUAAGUUAUCUUUGAGAACCUUCACAUGAUGCUGAACUCAAGCUGUAAAUACUGCUCAUCUCUCAGGAAGCUUUUAUGGGUCUUUUUGUCAACGCUAUCUUGUUCUUUUUUUAAAAAAAAAAAAAUCAAAUUUGCUGUAAAUAGUUAAUUCUUAUGCACUUUAAAAUGAUCGUCAGUCUUGUAGGUUGACAGACAACCAACCUGUUGGAACAUGGGGACGUGGUCAACGCUGUACUCACUGCUGUGCUACACGUGCUGUUUAUUAAAUGUGCACUGUUUCCUAAAAA